AUGGGUUCCUUCCGGCCGUCGGGCAAUUAUCCGGCCUCUGACCUGAUACGACACGUCGUUAAAUAUUUUAUGAAGUGUUCAGAAAUGUAUGUAAGAGUGUAAUGAAUGAGGUGUGCUUUUUUUACUCAGGUAUAAGUUGGGAAGCUUCUGCUUUCGGUUCCUCGGAAAGCGUUUGGAAGGUUUCCAUCAAGUGAUCGAACGCCUUCACUGGUGGGGGGUUUGGGUACCGAGCAGCAACUCAAGUCAAUCGACGUAUCGUAAUUGGUGGUCAUUUGUAUGCGACCGGGUACUAUCUCUAUUGUACCUGGAUAGUACCGUGUCGGUAUCUGGAUGCUACCGGGUAGGUACCCAGAAUUCACGCUUGCUAGUGACUUGCAAAUCGGUCGUUCAUAAAGAAUCAGUUUUUUACACCUUCCCAAGUCCAGGGUCUUGUUGGAUAAAGCUGAAACAAAAAAUAAUGACACGAGAAGCAAUUCCAGACUUUCCGGUAGCAAUCGCGAAUGUCAAUAUCUACCCGGUAGCUACUUGCAUCGACCUCCGACCCGGGUACCAUAGAGAUAGUACCCAGUCGCAUACAAACGACCACCGAUUACCAUACGACGAUUGA